UGUGCCUGUCAUACAUAUGUAUAUUUAUUUACCUCACUGUCCGUGAAGAAACUAAGAGUCACACUUGCUCAGCUGGGAUAAAAAGUGUUGGGAGUGCGUAACGUAGUCGCUGAACUGCCAAGUGUUACUGUGCUAUGACUUGAUCUUCAACACCCAAGAAAAACUCCAGUGCUCUAAACAACUUAGCCGGCAACCAACACAGAAAAUGGCAGAAGCACCGGCUACUUUACUCCACGGCUUAUGAUCUGGGUUUGUUUAUUCAUGCCUUGGACAGGAGUGGGACCUAGAGUUGGAGCUGAGCUGUUUUUCGGCGCUCGACUACACUUCCUCGGACGAUAGCUUGGGCGCUCUUCCUACGAUGUCUGAGGCGUUCGUGUAUUCGGUGAUCUUUUGCGCCGUCUUCUUGCUUGAUGUCUCCUGAGCGGCGGCGGCGCCGGGUCGAAGGCUGACUUAUCCGCGAGGCCCCUCGCUCAGGCUGCUUUCUCCCGCUGGUCGGUAGAGCGGACCCCUUGCUUCCUUCCUGCCUCUUCUUCCAGUCGGUGGCUGAGUCCCCCCGCUGGGCUGCAGACGGAGCUCCCGCCCGCUUUGCAGAUUUCCAUGAAGACAACUUACAAGGACCUGAAUGGCUUCAUUUUAGCUGCUUCAGCUUGUGGAGCUAUUGCUCGCUCCUUCUCUUCCUGUGCCUGGUGUGACAGUGGCUGCUGAGCGCCAUGAAGGUGGUUCCAGAGAAGAAUGCUGUCCGGAUACUCUGGGGGCGAGAACGGGGCACUCGGGCCUUUGGAGCACAACGGCUUCUGCAGGAGCUAGUGGAAGAUAAAACUCGGUGGAUGAAAUGGGAGGGCAAGAGAGUAGAACUGCCGGAUAGUCCACGCUCUACCUUCUUACUGGCCUUCAGCCCAGACAGGACUCUGUUGGCCUCCACCCACGUGAACCAUAAUAUCUAUAUUACGGAGGUGAAGACUGGCAAGUGUGUUCAUUCUUUGAUUGGACACCGCCGUACUCCGUGGUGUGUCACUUUUCAUCCCACCAUCUCAGGCCUUAUUGCUUCUGGCUGCCUAGAUGGGGAGGUCAGGAUUUGGGAUUUGCAUGGUGGCAGUGAAAGCUGGUUCACAGACAGCAACAAUGCCAUUGCUUCUCUGGCUUUCCACCCUACGGCUCAGCUCCUGUUGAUUGCCACUGCCAACGAGAUCCACUUCUGGGAUUGGAGUCGGCGGGAGCCCUUUGCUGUGGUGAAGACAGCUAGCGAGAUGGAACGGGUCCGUCUGGUGAGAUUUGAUCCUCUUGGACACUACUUACUCACAGCCAUUGUUAACCCCUCUAAUCAGCAGGGCGAUGAUGAACCAGAGAUCCCAAUAGACGGAACAGAGUUAUCCCACUACCGUCAGCGUGCCCUGCUGCAAUCACAGCCAGUUCGCCGGACGCCUCUCCUCCACAAUUUCCUGCACAUGCUGUCCUCCCGCUCCUCUGGCAUCCAGACCGAGCCCUUCCAUCCCCCGGAGCAGGCCUCGUCAGCGCAGCAGGACCAGGGCCUCCUGAACCGGCCAUCUGCCUUCAGUACGGUCCAGAGUAGCACUGCCGGCAACACGCUCCGCAACCUCAGUCUGGGUCCCACCCGGCGCUCUUUGGGAGGCCCUUUGUCCAGCCACCCUUCUAGGUAUCACCGAGAGAUAGCUCCUGGGCUAACAGGGUCCGAGUGGACCCGGACAGUGCUCAGUCUGAACUCCCGCUCUGAGGCAGAAUCCAUGCCUCCGCCCAGGACCAGUGCCUCUUCGGUGAGUUUGCUGUCUGUGCUGAGACAGCAGGAAGGUGGCUCUCAAGCGUCUGUGUACACUUCAGCCACAGAAGGGAGGGGUUUUCCAGCUUCAGGGUUGGCCGCUGAGUCAGAUGGAGGAAGUGGCUCCAGCCAAAACAACUCAGGCAGCAUUCGCCAUGAGCUUCAGUGUGACCUGAGACGCUUCUUUCUGGAAUAUGACCGGCUUCAGGAGCUGGACCACAGCCUGAGUGGAGAAGCCCCGCAGACCCAACAGGCCCAGGAAAUGCUCAAUAACAACAUUGAGUCCGAGAGGCCAGGCCCCUCCCACCAGCCCACCCCACACAGUAGUGAGAACAACUCCAACCUGUCCCGUGGCCACCUGAACCGCUGUCGCGCUUGCCACAACCUCCUGACCUUCAACAACGACACCCUGCGCUGGGAAAGAACCACACCCAACUACUCCUCUAGCGAGGCCAGCUCCUCCUGGCAGGUCCCCAGCACCUUCGAGGGCAUGCCAUCGAGUGGCAGCCAGCUGCCACCCCUUGAGCGGACUGAGGGCCAAACGCCCAGCUCCAGCAGGCUGGAGUUGAGCAGCUCUGCUAGUCCGCAGGAGGAGAGGACUGUGGGGGUGGCCUUCAACCAGGAGACGGGCCACUGGGAAAGAAUUUACACCCAGUCUAGCAGAUCUGGAACUGUAUCACAGGAAGCCUUACAUCAGGAUAUGCCUGAGGAGAGCUCUGAGGAAGAUUCACUCAGGAGGAGGCUGCUGGAGUCUUCCCUCAUUUCAUUAUCCCGUUAUGAUGGAGCAGGAUCCAGAGAGCACCCAAUUUACCCAGACCCAGCGAGAUUAUCUCCUGCUGCAUACUACGCCCAGAGGAUGAUCCAGUAUCUCUCACGGAGAGACAGUAUUCGCCAGCGCUCCAUGCGCUAUCAGCAGAACCGUCUCCGUUCUUCCACCUCCUCCUCUUCCUCAGACAACCAGGGCCCAUCAGUAGAGGGAACCGACUUGGAGUUUGAGGACUUUGAGGACAAUGGUGACAGAUCCAGGCACCGAGCUCCACGCAAUGCCCGAAUGUCUGCACCUUCACUUGGACGCUUCGUUCCAAGGCGUUUCUUGCUGCCUGAGUACUUGCCUUAUGCGGGGAUUUUUCAUGAACGUGGACAGCCUGGCUUGGCUACUCACUCUUCUGUUAACAGGGUACUGGCAGGGGCAGUGAUUGGUGAUGGACAGUCUGCUGUGGCCAGUAACAUUGCCAAUACUACCUACCGGCUCCAGUGGUGGGACUUCACUAAGUUUGACCUCCCUGAAAUCAGUAAUGCUUCCGUGAAUGUGCUGGUGCAGAACUGCAAGAUCUACAAUGACGCCAGCUGUGACAUUUCUGCAGAUGGCCAGCUCCUGGCAGCUUUCAUCCCUAGCAGCCAGAGGGGCUUUCCUGAUGAAGGCAUCCUGGCAGUGUACUCCUUGGCCCCCCAUAACCUGGGUGAAAUGCUCUACACCAAGCGAUUUGGUCCCAAUGCCAUUUCGGUGAGCCUGUCCCCAAUGGGCCGAUACGUAAUGGUGGGCUUGGCCUCGAGGAGGAUCCUGCUACAUCCCUCCACAGAGCACAUGGUGGCCCAGGUCUUCAGGCUGCAGCAGGCCCAUGGUGGCGAGACCUCCAUGAGGAGAGUUUUCAACGUCCUUUACCCCAUGCCUGCCGACCAGCGGAGACAUGUCAGCAUCAACUCUGCCCGUUGGCUGCCCGAGCCAGGGCUUGGCCUGGCCUAUGGUACCAACAAAGGAGACCUGGUGAUCUGCCGACCAGAGGCCUUAAACUCUGGUGUUGAGUACUACUGGGACCAGCUAAACGAGACUGUCUUCACGGUCCACUCCAGCAGCAGGAGCAGUGAAAGGCCUGGAACUAGCAGAGCUGCGUGGAGGACAGACAGAGACAUGGGUCUGAUGAACGCCAUUGGGCUGCAGCCCCGGAACCCUGCCACCUCCGUGACAUCUCAGGGCACCCAGACUCUGGCCCUUCAGCUGCAGAAUGCCGAAACGCAGACAGAGAGGGAGCUACAGGAGCCGGGGACAGCGGCUUUGGGUCCUGGGGAAGGCGAGGGCUUGGAGUCCGGUGCGAGUGGGGAAGAUGCCCUCAGCAGGAUCCAGCGGCUGAUGGCGGAAGGGGGCAUGACGGCCGUGGUGCAGCGGGAGCAGAGCACCACCAUGGCCUCCAUGGGCGGCUUCGGCAACAGCAUCAUCGUCAGCCACCGCAUCCACCGCGGCUCCCAGACCGGCGCUGAGCCCGCGGCCGCCCGCGCCGCCUCACCCCGGCCCUCCGCCUCUCGGGGACUGCUCCCGGAGCCCGGGCAGCUGGCAGAGCGGGGCUUGAGCCCCCGGACAGCCUCCUGGGACCAGCCUGGUGCCCCCGGGCAGGAGCCGCCCCAGCCGCCCCUGCCACCUUCCUCCCCGGUCCCCGCCCCUCUCCCCCUUCCCGGCACCGAAGGACCAGCCCUGCACUGCGACCUGACCAGUAACAAUCACCUUGCUGAUGGCGGUGGCAGCGGCCGGGGGGAAGCUGCAGGCCCCAGCAGGGAGCCACGGAACAGGUAGAGACCCAUGUGUGCACUGGUGCUCCCCCUCGAACCGCUGAGCAGAAACCGGACCUCACAGCUGACUGGGAACUGUACGCACGGAAGAGCUGCGGGCUGCAUCAGGGAACAGGAGCAGGGUGGGGGGGGGUGUCGAGUGAAGUCAGAGGCAGUGGGUAUGAGGCAGUCGAAUGGGCAGGGCUUGCCUCGGGACUAGAACCUUCCAGGAUCUGGAGCCCAGGGGAGCCAUACUACUGUGCUCCGUGUGAAUGGAGGAGGAAGUGGGUAUCCCUGCCAUGAACCCCCCUUUCUCCUAGAAACAUGGCUGAAGAGACUCAGCCCUGGGCAGAGAGCCCCAGAAGGGUGAACUGUCUUCCAGAUCGGGGCCAAACCAUCAGGGACAGUGGCCGCUGGGGUGGCUUUGCCCUGGGCCCUGUGGCACGGGCGGGGCCGCUAGGAGCCCAAGAGCAGGAGGAGCAGCCUGGGCCCCCAGGAACCGCCUCUGUCUCUGAGCCUUCCGGAGCUUCGGCCUCUCUUUAUCAUCUUACCCCACAGAGACCACAGCCAGGGGUCAGGCCAGGCUCCCAGAUUCCUGAAGACAGGGACUUCCUGCACUUACUGUUGGGGAACAACCAUGGAGCCAAGGGAGCAGACUGCUCGCCUGAUACAGGAUGGGGUCAAGGGACGGUGGGCAGGUCCUCACUCAGGAGUGGGGGGUGUAGGCUGGCCAGCCCCCGGGGCUUGUCCACCAAGCUCCUCUCCCCCUGCCCGCUCCCUGGCCCUCAGAGCAGCACCUGUGGGUGGCAGUAUUACAUGAGCCCAGGCCAAAGCCAGCCCCAGGCUGGGGUAGGGGAUGAGACUCCAGGUCAGAGUGUGAGGUCUCAGUCUGUGACUUAAGGUGUUGCAUGUGGAAUCUUGAACUGUACGUGUAGUUUCUAGUGGAGAAAUCAAGGCUCUGAUUAUUUUGUUUUUAGUAUGAAAAUGUGAUUUCUUUUCUGUUUGUAACUCAUCAUAGAAACAUUGUGGUGGGAGGAGAGGGGAUAGUCUGACUGCUAAUGAGGGAAACACCAAAGAUCUACAUCAUUAAAAUGAUGACAUGCCCCUCACCA